UAAUUAAGCAGCCUAAUCUAGGCGUGGCCUGCAUAGAAACACCUUCAAUCACCUGAUUGCCCAAGGUGGCUUUCUUCCCUUUUUCAGGGAAGGAGUAACUUUACUUCUGUCACUACCAACGAAUGUAAGUUAUUGAUCUGGCAAGUGGAGUCUGUAUGCCACCAGCAUGAAAACUUUUCUGUUUGUUACCUUUUGCCUUUUUGCUGCUUGGGAUCCUGUGAACUGCCAAGAAGUUAACAGGCCGCUUGAGCCAUGGCUACAAGGUGUAAUUGCUGUUUCAGGGUUUUUGGUUUUGGCAAUGUUUUGCUUUAUCAUCAACAAAUUAUGUUGCAAGGAUGAAAAGAAAUCCAAAGGAGAUAAACAAGUGUCCUUCAUGCAUAGAAAUACUAACGACUCCAUCUUUCCUAAUGGAAUGGAAGGAACAUAUUCAGUACCUGCAGCAGACUUCAGCUGUGAAGAAGCCCCUCAUGUCUAUGAAAACAAAGUUGAGUUUGAAUGUGACACCAGUACUGGACAUCAUACUGAACAUCAUGUAAAUGUUGACUUUCCGUGUAACACCGUGACUGAAUGUCACACCGAAAGUCAUGCAGACGUUACCACAUGUAUGUAACAUCAUUUUGUUAUUUAUUCUUAGAUUUUAAAACCUCCCUGUAAUAUAGAUUCCUUACAAGAUAAGCCCACAUCAUUUAUUAUGUAUGAUUUUAAUCAAUUUAUUCAAAGACCAACUAUGUAGGGGAGGCAUAUUAACAUUUUUGCAGUGGAUUUAUUUGUCUAAGUUCUGCACAUUUCUGACAGGUAGAAUUAAUUGGCACAUAGUAUUCCUUAAUAUAUUUUCUUCCACAAAGGGAACUCACUAACCUAUUUUAUUCUAUUUUACUUUUCUUGUUGAAUCUUUAUAAGCUUAGUGCUACAGAUGGUCCACAGCUCCCUUUCAGGACCUCUGCAACUCAGUGUUAAGUUCCUGUUCGUUAUCAAGGAAUUUCUUGGUUGGAAAUUAUUUUUCUUCAUGGUAAAAGAUUGUUUAUAUUUUUUUCAAACACCCCUGUAGGAGCACAUGGAUAGUGUUGUUAAUAAAACUGAAGGAAUGGUGGUAGUCUUCCACCAAUUGCUUCAAUUUUUUUUUUAUUCUUAUAGAGUCACCAUAAAAACAUAUGUUUUUGGAUGAGGCAGGAAUGAUUUCUGUAUAAAAUUUUCACGCAUGAAUUUUCAGUUUUCCUUUUCUUACCUGCAUUAAACAAAUGGAAAAACUCAUUAUCUAUGAGCAUAUAUAAUUGGUUGUUACUUUUCUAAUAAAAUUUGUGAAUAAAAAAAG